AGUAGAAAAGAAAAACAAGUAAUGUCUACCGAAUUUAGGAAGAACUUUCUUGGUCCUAUGAAUUAUAAAGUAGAAAGUCUUUUUUCUGAUAUUAUUAAUUCUGAAUUUGGAACUAUUUCAGGUAUUAAUAGUUUUGGGCUGUCUAGUUCUACAAAUUGUGAAUUGUCUAGUCUUGUAAACUAUGAGUUGCCUGGUUCUUCAAACUUUGGAUUGUUUGAGUAUCUGGUUUUUCAAACUAUGGAUUGUUUGAUUCUGUGA